AUGAGUGACGGGUUCAGGAAAGUUUACACUGAUGGAGCCUGCUCAUCCAACGGCAUGAGUGGAGCACAAGCUGGUUAUGGCGUAUACUGGGGGCCUGACCAUCCUCUCAACGUGAGUGCCCCAGUCAGCGGUCGGGCCACAAACAACAGCGGCGAGAUUCAAGCCGCCACUCGAGCAAUGCAGCAAGCCCGCGAUAACGGCAUCGACAAGUUGGAGAUUGUCACCGACUCGAAAUUCCUCAUCGACUCUGCUACCAAAUGGAUGCCAGCUUGGAAACAGAACGACUGGAGAAGGGCAUCUGGGGAACCAGUGAAGAAUGAGAGUGACUUCAGGGAACUUGAUCGUGCCCAGCGCAACCUCGAAGUCAAGUGGAAGCAUGUGCCGUCUCAUCAGGGAGUCCAUGAAUUAUUUAUUUACUGCGUGAUAAUAUUUGUAAGAAUGGAGUUUAUUGAAUUGAUACACAUUAAUAAAUUGGACGGUGUUAUUUUGAAGUAUCCGCACCAAGACAAUGUGGAUGGAACAGUAUGUAUCACAGGACAUCAUCUUAUUUUGAGCUCACGAAAAGAAGGCGUUCACGAGCUAUGGCUUCUCCACAAGAACAUAGACUGUAUAGAAAAGAAAGAAAACAAACCAAUCAGUGGAGUCACCCAGGGUGGCUCCCUGUUCCUCAAAUGCAAGGACUUGAGGAUAUUCCAACUGGAUAUAGCUACAACAAAUGAAUUGAACCAAAUGGCCCAAACCCUUGAGAAUUUGUCUGGAUUACAAGAUCCAGGACUGUUCUACCCAUUCUUUUAUAGACAUAUGCACCCUAUUGUGGAGAAUGGGUACACUCUUUACAGCAUAGAGGGCGAAUUCACAAAAGUAUUAGCGACUGAGGAAUGGCGAGUUUCGCGCGUGAACCAGAACUACUCAGUGUGUCCCAGCUAUGGGAAGGCGGUGGUGGUGCCCAAGUGUGUUGAUGACGACACCCUCGCCGCCGCAGCUACAUUCAGGCAGGGAGGACGGUUCCCUGUACUCUCUUAUAGACAUAAUAAUGGAGCAGUUCUAAUGCGCGCCGGCCAGCCGCUGUACGGUCCGAAGCACAGGCGGUGUCGACCAGACGAGGCGAUAUUGAAUGCAGUGGUCGCAGCCGGCACCAAAGGCAUCAUAUACGAUCUACGCAGCUCUAACUCGAUAUCACAACAGCAGAAUAAAGGUGGUGGAACAGAGAGCAACUCGAACUACUCACAGUGGAAAAUAUACAACAGGUCUAUGGACGAGGUGGACAAUCAGCAACCACUGUUGGACAGCUAUGCGAAACUAAUCGAUGCGUGCAACGACCGUGAGAUAUCGAGUGACAAGUGGAUCUCCCGGCUGGAGUCGUGCGGCUGGCCCGAGAGCGUGCGGAACUCAUUGCAUACAGCCUGCAUCGUCGCACAGCAUAUACAUCAGAAAGCGGAACCCGUGCUGGUCCAUGGUACGCGCGGUGAAGAUGCCACGUUAUUAGUUUGCUCUCUAGUCCAGAUUAUACUAAACCCUGACUGCAGAACUAUACGAGGCCUACAAGCGCUAAUAGAGCGCGAAUGGAACGCGGCGGGCCACCCGUGGUACUCCCGGCAGCGCGUGGGUCCGUACGGCGCGUCCAGCGCCCGCGCGGCGCCCACCUUCCUGCUCCUGCUCGACUGCAUCAGGCAGUUCCUGGAGCAGUUCCCCUGCAGCUUCGAGUUCCGACAGUCUUUUCUUAUCACCCUCUUUGAACAUUCUUAUGCUAGUCAGUUUGGUACAUUUAUGUGCGACAAUGAACAAGAGAGAGAGACCCGCGGCGUAUACUCGCAGACCACGAGUCUCUGGUCGUGGCUGAACCAACCCGACGAGCUGCCCAAGUACAUCAACCCGCUCUACGAUCCCACGCCCAACGUUAUCUGGCCCUCCGUCGCCCCCAUGAGCUUCGUUAUAUGGGAAGAGCUGUACCUCCGCUGGUUAGUAAAACAAAACACUGAGGAGCGAGAGGAACAAUACGGCAACAUUCGCGCACGUGAACAACAACUGCGUGCGCAUGCGCAACAGUUGCGACGCGAGCUCUUCGACAUUGCGGCGCAGUACUACGGACCUAAGGCGGACGAUAAGUACACAAAGCAGAAAUACAGCGCUAUACACAACAUAAACCUGUUAAUGGCAGACCAUGCUUCCACAAGUAUGUGCACACAAGAUGACAUACAACGACUAGCAUUUAUUUAUAAUGAAUUAUAA